AUGCACUCGUUCUCGUCCAUCGACUACCUCGACAAGCUUGGCGAAGAGGUCGAGGUCAAUCGCGACGUGUACAACCACGCCAACGGCCAGGGUGAGCUCCCGCUCCACCUCGCUGCCUCCACUGGCUCGUUCCGCCGCUCCGGAUCCAAGGGCCGCAUGCACUCGUUCUCGUCCAUCGACUACCUCGACAAGCUUGGCGAAGAGGUCGAGGUCAAUCGCGACGUGUACAACCACGCCAACGGCCAGGGUGAGCUCCCGCUCCACCUCGCUGCCUCCACUGGCUCGGUGACCAUCGCCGAGCUGCUGCUGGAAAACGGCGCAGACAUCGACGCCACCAAUCACAACGGCGAGUCGGCGCUGUUCCUCGCUGCAGCCGGUGGUCACGCCAAGCUGGCCAACUUUCUCAUCGACGCUGGCGCGUCGCUGUGGAGCUACACCAACACCGGCAAGUCGCCGCUUGAUGCUGCCACUUCUGCCGGUUCGUCGGCCAUUGUCUCGGCUAUCCUCAACGCCAAGCUCCACUAUGCCGCUGCCAAGGGCCAGACCGGCGUCAUCGCCCGCCUCGCCGCUAUGUCUGAGGUCUCGCUCAACGCCACCAACCGCGACGGUUGGACUGCGCUUGGCAUCGCUGCCGCCCACGGUCACGUCGAGGUUGUCCGUGACCUGCUCGAGCUUGGCGCCUCGGUUUCGACGGGCUCUGAUCCGCUGCGCCUCGUCAACUCGCUCGUUACCGUCGAGGCGCCCGAGAUUGAGCUCAUUGGCCGGGACAUCAAGGCCUUGCUCAUGGCCGCCCGCAAGACUCACGCAUCGGCAAAGUCACCUGUCAAGGGCGCGGGCGUCGCCUCCCAAGGCGACCACCUCGUCGAGCGCGCCGCGGCAAACGACUUUGGCGUCGUCGCUCAGAUGCUUGCCGACGGCGUCCAGGCCGAUAUGCCCAACAAGCGCGGCUUGACCGCUCUCCACGUUGCCUCGCGGGCCGGCCACUACGACAUGGUCAAGCUUCUUCUGGAGCAUGGCGCAGAUACCGCCAUUGGCGACGCCGUCAAAGGCAACUGUGCCGUCCACUGGGCUACAGCAAACGGUCACGCUGACGUCGUCCGCCUCCUCCUUGAAAACGCGUCUGCGCCGCCGCUGAUGGAUGCGUGA